ACACAAAUUGAAGUAAAAAAAAAAACAUACAAAGAGAAAGAGAAAAUCAACUUAUUCACUUCUAUAGUUCAAGAUAGAAUAUUGAUGAUGGGUUUUUCUGGGUUUCUUCAAAUUCUUCUUACUUAUUUUCUACACGAUCUUGCAUGGCCUCUACUUGCCUUUGUGUAUCCUUCAUAUUGUUCUGUUAAGGCAAUUGAGAUUAAUACCUUACAAGAUGCUCAAAAGUUGAAUGCUUACUGGAUUGUCCUCUCUUUGAUUUUGCUUAUUGAACAUGCUUUAGGAACCCUCCUCCAAAGGUUACCAUUUUGGACAUACAUUAGGUUAGUGGUUGUUUGUUGGCUAGUGAUACCUCACUUUGAUGCUGCUUUUUAUGUCUAUAAACACCUUCUCCACCCUUGCUUCUCCAUUAUUAACUGCUCCAACCAAGAAAAGAAAAAUCAAGGUGAGACAGGGACAACAAAUGCAAGAGAAAAUGGAUAUGAACUAGUUCUUGACAACAUUGCCAGCAAAUCAAACUCGAUCAAUUUUGAUGUUGCUGUGGUGAAAGAUAUAAAUUCUAAAGACGUGGUAAAGGAGGAAGUUACAUCAGCUAACCAACCGAGUAGCGAUAGCACAAAGAACCCCGAGGUGAAGGAGAUCAAACCAGUUUCAGUUGAAGAUGACAAAUUGGUUAAACAGUCAAGCUCUGAUGGGCCUAAUUUGACAAAGAAAGAUGUUAGUGAUGUUAAAUUAACAGAGAAGAAAGAAGUUAAAGAACCUGUUCAGGCUAGCCGUGUAGAGCCUAAACCCGCCGAGGUAACUGAGAAGAGAACAAUUAUAACUACAGAGGCAAAACAAACAGUUCCUGAAAUCCCAUCAGCAAGAGCACAGCUUUCUCUUCCUCUUCUUCCAAAAUCAUUUCAAAAAGAGUGGAAGUGUCCUUUGUGUAAGGUGAAAGUUCAAAGCGAAAUCACCUUCUUUUCUCAUCUUCAAGGUAGAAAACACAAGGAUAUGGAAAUGGAAGAGGCAACUAAAGCCAAGAAGAGCCAGCCAAAGAUAGUCAUCCCUAAGAAAUCAAAUCAAUCUACUGAGGGGGAGCCAAGAAACUUGGCGAAGAACCAAAUGGAUACUCCUAAAGUUGUAUUUUCCUAUGCUCAAAAUCAAUCCAAUGAGUUGGGGAAACAAGCUUUCCCAAUCAUUGUUAGACAUGACAUGUCUAAAGGCAUCUUGAAGACUAACAACAUUGCAGUUUCAUCGUCGAGUGUGAAGACCGCCAUUGCUCCUGUCGCGAAGCCUAAGGUUUACCAUCCAUACUGCCAUGUUUGUAAUGUGAGUUGCAGUGGUAAGAUUGAUAUGGAUUCUCAUCUCAAAGGAAGAAGGCAUUUGAGUCAACUUCAAUUGUUGGGGACAAAGUAACUUAGUAACAUAAUGUAAUAGAAUUUUAGUGACAAUGGAUAAAUGAUUAGACUUUGUUUUGUUGCUUUGUGAGAAAGAAUUGGACAAUUUUGUUUUGGGAUUUAGGAACUGUUUGAACAUGAACCUCACAUUUUCUCAAUCUUUAAUAUUCUUUAAAA